AUGUCCACAUGUAUUUUAAGAAAAACAAGGGACAAUCACGAAUACCCUAAAACAAUUUUGUGGAUGGAUGAAGCUCAUUACACGAGAGACGGAAUCGUAAACUGUCGUAAUUUACAUAAGUGGUGUCCAAAAGGUGAAAACCCUAAGCUGAAAAGGGCUUCAACAUAUCAAGUUAAAUUCUUAUUAAAUGUGUGGGCCGCACUAAUUGACAACAUUUUGAUAGAUCCAAUUAUAUUCCCGAGGGCCCUAACUGGAGAGAGGUUUCUUGAACUUUUAAGGGACGAAUUGCCGUUGCUGUUGGAGUGGAAUGAUGCUGCAAAUGGACGGAUGCCCGCCCUGCCCAUUACUCCCGAAUUGUCAGGACAUUUUUAA